AUGGCUAAGUUUCAGAAACUUGUUUACAUGGGCAGUGUCCGUGAUCACUCUUUUGGCUCAAGCCAUGGGCAAGAAAAUCACCAUUGGUGCAAACGCCGCAGACAUGACUGGGACAAUGCACACGCAACGGGGGCUUGUGGAUACGGUAAUCUCUUCCAACAAGGCUAUGGCUUGGAGACAAACAGCUCUGAGCACAGCACUAUUCAACAAUGGGCUUACUGUGGUGCUUGCUUUGAGGUCAUGUGUGUAGAUGAUCCACAAUGGUGCAUACCAAAUUCUGGCACAAUCAAAAUCACAGCAGCAACCAAUUUCUGCCCCACCAAAUUGGAUCCAGCUCCUGACCAUUGGUGCACUCCUCCAAUGAAACACUUUGACUUGUCCAUGGGCUAUGUUCACAAAGCUUGCACAGGCCAAAGCUGCAUAUUCCUAUCAAAUAUAGAAGAGUCCCUUGCUCUAAAAAAGGAGGGGUUAAGUUUUUGCUCAAAGGAAAACCCGUUUUUGGCUGCUGUUUUAGUGUACAAUGUUGGUCGUGUGGGGAUUUGA